AUGAUCCUCGGGACGCGAGAGCCUCGAGGGCUUCGAGCACAGGUACCACUGGAACCUCGUGGGGCACAGCGGCAACGGCCACGACAUCUCUUUCGUCGAUUUCGGCCAGGUACCCCAGGGGCGAGCGCAGCGCGCACACGUCGUGUCGCAGAUGGUCAGCGCCAGCGCCAUCGCGGCGAGCGGCGACUCGACGGUCGAGGCGAUAGAGGCGGCGGUGAAGAAGGUCGCCUCGCAGGAGAAGCAGACGACUACUUGGUGUUCGUGAUCUCGGACGCUAACCUGGGGAGCUACGGCAUCACCCCAGAGAUGCUGCGGCGGGUGCUCACGGCGGACCCCAAGGUCACUGCCUGCGCGAUCUUCAUCGCGGAGCGGGGCGCCGCCGACAUGCUGUCCGCCGCGCUGCCGGCCGGGCGGGGGUACGUCUGCCUGGACGUGGAGAGGCUGCCGAGCAUCCUGAAGGACGUGUUCGCGCGGGCGGCCGUGGGCGGCUGA